GCCGGCGGGCGCUCUGGCGAUGGGCGAAGCGGCGGCGCGCGCGGGGGCGGCGCGUUAGACGCGCGUGGCCGGGCCGGGAUCGCGGCGAUGGCGCAGGCCGCGUUCGAGAAGGCGGCGGAGGAGGUGAAGCAGCUCAAGUCGCAGCCGACGGACCAGGAGAUGCUGGACGUGUACAGCCACUACAAGCAGGCCACGGUGGGCGACGUGAACACGCAGCGCCCUGGUAUGCUUGACUUCAAAGGCAAAGCAAAGUGGGAUGCCUGGAGUGCAUUAAAAGGAAUGUCCAAAGAAGACGCAAUGAAAGCUUAUGUAGCAAAAGUGGAAGAACUUAAAGGCAAAUAUGGCAUCUGAGGACUGGAUAUAGCAACCAUUUUCACAUCUGCAACAUGCCUUAUCUCUAAUACUGUGGAAAACUGAUUACUGAGGAUAACUUUAAGUAGCUAGCGUACUAUAGUCUGUUUUCGUAAUGCCCAUAGUACGGUAGGAAUUACAUACCUGUCUAACAUACUGAUGUGUUACAGUAUCCUCUUGUGAAUGAAAUAACCUGGAACUCAUUAAAAUGCAUUUGGUACUUUA